GUCAAAGUGUAGUGCUUAUUUGUGAUUUAAAAUAUUUUACAGUAAUUCAAGUAUAAAGAUAAGGAGGAGGGAAAUGUUUAGAGUUAUGUUAUAAUAAUGACAAUAUCAAUGAAGGAACAAGAUCAGAUGCCCGGGGAGAUGGGGUUCCCCGAGGCUAAACUCAAAGCAUUAGAAGAGAAAAUUUCCCAUCCCCGAUGGGUGGUACCUGUUUUGCCUGAACAGGAGUUAGAAGCUCUUUUAGUAGCAUCUACUGAACUAGCUGCAAAAGGUGAAGAUAUAAAUAAUCCAGCCUGUCAAAGGUUUUAUAGUGAUGCUUUGACGGUGUCAUUUACAAAGAUUUUAACUGACGAUGCAGUCUCAUCUUGGAAGAAUAACAUUCAACAAUGUGUGCGAUCAAACUGUGAAAAGCUGGUUAAAUUAUGUGCCAUGAAAUUGGAUGAUUCUAGAUUUUUACAUUUGCUACACAUAGCUUUCAAUCCAAACAACAAAUUUCAUACUUUUAAUGCAUCAAGAUCAUCUGAAGGUUUAUCGGCACCAAAUGUUUCUACAACUGCAGGACAAGGUUCAACACAGGAGUCUGAAGUGUUUGCAAAAUCACAAGAUCAUCGGACACCAAGAGGAUGGCUGGUCCAUCUUAUUAAUGUAUUUGGCCAAGCAGGAGGUUUUGUUAAGUUAAGGGAAAGAUUCGAAUCUAUUAUGGGCUUUAAAAAAUCUGAAUUGACAUCAUCGGUUAUAAGUGAAGAAAAAGUAUUGAGUGAAAUAAUGGAAAAAGAAAAUGAAGAAACUAAGUUAAAUGUAACUGAAAAUAUCAUUCCUGUAACAGAAAACAUGGAGAAUUCAAUUACAAGAAAUGAACAACCAUCCUCUCUAGAACAAUCUACAAGUGGUGAUACACGAGUAGCUGCUGUAUGGCAAUUAAUACGCCCUUUUGGUGUUUGCCAUGAUCUCCUCACUCCAAACACUGUCACUAUAUACCUCUUACCUGUUUUGGAAUGUAUUCCAACUCUCCUCGAAAGUCUUACAGAUGAAGAAUUAAAGAGAGAAGCUCGUGGCAGUGAAAACAAAACUGACACAGUGUCUUGUUUGAUUCGAGCUUGCAAAUCUGUAUCUGUUAAGACUCCUCAACAUCACAGUCUCUUGAAAUCUUUAGAGAUGUUUCGGUUGAAGAUGAUUUUACGAUUAUUACAAAUGUCUUCAUUUAAUGGGAAAAUGUCAGCUUUAAACGAAAUAAAUCAACUGAUAAGUACAAUUUCACAACAACCUAAGCCCGAGUGGCUUACACCUGCAGUAAUUACGAACUGGAUUCGUGAGAAUAAAGUUGUAGAUAUAGUGUUACGCGAUUCUCUUCACCAACCUCAGUAUGUGGAUCGACUGGAAAAAAUGCUUAGGUUCAUGAUCAAAGAAAACUCCCUUACAAGGGACGACUUAGAUGCAAUAUGGAGGGCACAGCAAGGUAAACACGAGGCGAUAGUCAAAAAUCUCCACGACCUUCUUGCUAAACUCGCUUGGGACUUUACACCGGACCAGCUGGACCAUUUAUUUGACUGUUUUAAGGCAAGUUGGGCAACAUCGAGUAAGAAACAGAGUGACAAAUUACUAGAAGUUAUACGAAGACUCGCCGAAGACGAUAAAGACGGUGUAAUGGCGAAUAAAGUACUUGUACUAUUCUGGAAUUUAGCACACUCCGAUGAAGUAUGCACGGAAAUCAUGGACGUAGCACUGGCAAAUCUUAUUAAAAUACUCGACUACAGCUGCAGUCAGGACCGCGAUGCUCAGAAAACUUUGUGGCUAGAUAAAUGCGUGGAGGAGCUGAAGAGCAACGACAAGUGGGUGCUGCCGGCGCUGAAGAUGAUGCGCGAGAUCUGCUGCCUGUACGAGGCGGGCGGCGGCUCGGGCGUGCGGCCGCACGUGACGCGCCAGGAGCUCAUCGACCGCCUGCAGACGCAGCACUCGCUCGUCAUCCUCGUCACCGACUCGCUCACCCACUACAUGGACGCCGUGCGGACCAAGUUGGCAGAGGAGAGUGAAAUAGAUUGGGAGAAUUGGCUUCCCGACGGAAGAUAUCCACAUGCGGCGCAAGUUCAUGAAAGAUUAAGUUUUCUUCGCUUUCUUCUUAAGGAUGGGCAACUGUGGCUCUGUGCUGAGCAAGCGAAACAAAUUUGGAUAUGUCUAGCCGAAAGACCGGCUCACUUAGGGGAUCGUGAGGCUUGCUUUCGCUGGUUUAGUAAGCUGAUGGGAGAGGAACCCGAUUUAGAUCCGAAUAUUAAUUUGCAUUUUUUUCGUCGGAAUAUUAUGACACUGCCGCCUAAUUUAUUAACUCACUCCGGAAUAAAAUGCUUUGAGAGGUUUUUUAAAGCCGUUAAUUCCAAAGAAGGUAAACUUAAAGUUAAACGACGUAGUUUUUUAUUAAACGAUGCCGAUCUCAUAGGAUUAGAUUAUUUAUGGAGGGUGAUAACCGAGUGUGACGACGAGAUCUCAGUGCGCGGCACGGAGCUGCUGCGCGAGGUGUGCACGUGCACGGGCCCGCAGCUGUCGCCCGCGCACCACCACGAGGCCUUCCUCACGCACUGCUGCGCGCGCACGCAGCGUCUGCAGAAGGACAUGGACCUGGGCGAUACUGCUGAAUGUUGUACAAGGAUGUGUAGAGUAAUUCGUGCCAUACAGGAAUAUAUUAAUGAAUGUGAUAGAAGAUUCACUGCAGAGCGACAAAUUCUUCCGAUUUAUAGAUCGGGUAGAGGCAGGCAAUGUACUAUAAUAGUAAGAUUUAACUUUCAAACGGGCCAAAGACAAAUUGAAGAUAUAGAACUGUUUUCACACUCAAAUGAAACAUUACAUUCAUUACGAUCUGCAGUUCAGAGAAGGUUAAAAUGUGCGUCUGAUAGUAAUAUUAAAUUAGAAAUGUACAUAAAUAAGUUAGAGUUGUAUGUAAAUGGUGAGCUUUUGGACACAAGCUUUGACCGUAAAAUACUCUCACAAAUACCUCUUAGGGACAAAACAGUAAUUGUUGCUAAGGUAUAUGAUGGGCAAGUGUGUGGAAGUGGUGGUUGUGGAUCUUCAAAUGAAUCCAGUAGCGAUUCGAGUACGUCAUCGCCGCCGUUACCCCCUACUCCGGAACACGCGUUACCGGGAGUCCUUUUUGCACAAGGCUCGUGGUACCUUCCAUUCAUAUUGGAUUUGGAACAUAUUGGUAUUACAAAAGGGCAUGCUCAGUUAACUGAAGCAGCCCAUCUUUUGUCACAAAUCUGUCCUAGUCAUAAACAAACAGUGGAAAAAUUAACAGAAGCGCUUCUUAGCCGAGAUGAUACCAAGUUAAGAGAUAUGCUGUAUGGACCAGCCCCACCUACUGUUGCUUAUAAUGUAGAGGUACUAUACAGCAUGGUGAUGCCGUCAUCGGAUACAAGAUUAGAACGUAACCGUAGUUUUCAGUUAGCGUGUGUUAAGAAGGCUCCACUUUUAGUGCAAUGCUUAUCCGAUAGCGAGUUUCUAAAAGAUGCGGCUCCGCACACUAGAAGAGUCGGUUAUUUGGCUUUGGUACGACUAUCCAAAUUGGCUCUGUAUACUUUAGGACAUCUUUUCGAAAUACUCGCACCAGAUGGCUCUGACACCUCUGUAGAUAAAGAGUUUCGAAUGGAUGUGACAAUAUUGAGGGAGGCAUUGCAAACGGUACCUAACCAUAAUUGUGAGCUUAUUGUUAAGGCCAUAGCUGAAAAAUUGGCGAAUACUUUAGGUGAACAGAUGGUGACCAGCAGCGAGGACAGCGACUCAGUGUCGUCGUUGGUGUGGUGGCGCGUGCCUACCACCGCCACCGUGCGCGCGCUCUACUCGCUCGCACACUCCGUGGCGCAGCCCGCCGACCACAACGGUCUCGUGCACUCGGAUGACGUCAUAUUGGUGCGCGAAUGCAUGGAAGUCGUCACCAUAUGCAUGGCAUUAGGUGGUGGACAUCUGGAAUCUCUUCUACAUGAAUCCUGGUGGCAAGAAACGGCGCUGUACUUAAUGAUCGAUUGCCCCAACCCACAGGUGCGCGUGUCGUGCGCGGAGCAGCUGCUGGCCAUGUGCGCGUGGGGCGGCGGCGGCGGCGCGCGCGGGGCGCUGGCGGCGCUGGGAGGCGCGGGCGGCGCGGCGGCCACGCCCCGCCUCACGGCGCACGCGCGCCACGCGCAGCAGUUCCUGCAGUUGUUGUGCCGCCUCGUGUCGCUCGCUGGGCCCACUUCGCGCACCUUGGAGGACUUGACCGUCGAGGUUGAGUGGCUUCGAGCCGUACGCGCUAAUCCUGACAUCCUGGACGAUACUUUACUAGAAGGCCAUCUAAAUCUCACCAAAGAAUUAUUUACACAUGUCCCUGCCCAAGUAAAAUACCAGUAUGGCUCACAUCCGGACCAUAAAGACUCUGGCCUUAUAAAGGAAGUGACAACCGAAUUCCUGUGGCCAUAUUCUUGGGCGUGGUGCCACAUGGGAGCCGAAGGCGAUCAGAUAGGCGAACAGCCGGCUGAGCAGACGGGUCAGCAGACAGGCGAGCAGGCGGACGAGCCAGCGUGUGAAGAGGGCGUAGCGCCGCUGUGUCGCACGCCGGGCGCGGCCGCCGCCGCCACCGACCUGCUGCUGGCGCUCGUCGGCGCCUGCGUGCCCAACAUGGCCGCGCUCGCGGACCUCCUCGACCGGAUGUUCUAUAGCGAUAAGAGCAUGGGUCUCACCGAGUGGGAGUACAUGCCGUGCGUGGGUCCGCGGCCGGUGGCGGGAUUGGUGGGGCUGAAGAACGCGGGCGCCACCUGCUACAUGAACUCUGUGCUGCAGCAGCUAUACUGCGUACGCGCUGUGCGAGACGUGCUGCUGGCCGUUCAAGGUGCGGCGACCGACCCAAAUGAAGAUUUUUCAGGAGAAUCACAUCACCACAGCAUUUUGGAGAACAACAUAGAGAAUAAUAACGAUUAUAACAUCAAUAUAUUAAAACAAGUUCAGGCCAUAUUCGCGCAUUUGCAUUUUAGCAAACUCCAGUAUUACGUGCCAAGAGGACUGUGGGCACACUUUAGGCUUCAAGGAGAACCGGUUAAUUUACGUGAACAACAGGAUGCUGUCGAAUUUUUUAUGUCACUAGUAGAAUCUCUAGAUGAAGCACUAAAGUCCCUAGGUCAAGAACAACUAAUGGCUAAAACUAUGGGUGGCACAUAUUCGGAUCAAAAGAUCUGCAAAGGCUGUCCACACAGAUAUUGCAAGGAAGAACCAUUUAGCGUAGUCUCCCUAGAUAUUAGAAAUAUGUCGCGGUUGCAAGAAUCCUUAGAGGCAUAUGUUCGUGGUGAACUACUGGAAGGAGCUGAUGCUUAUUACUGUGAUAAAUGCAGCAAGAAGGUAGUAACAGUAAAGCGAUUAUGUCUUAACAAAUUGCCUCCGGUAUUAGUAAUACAGCUAAAAAGAUUCGAAUAUGAUUUCGAGAAAGUGUGUGCUAUAAAAUUUAACGACUACUUCGAAUUUCCCCGAGAAUUGGACGUCGAACCUUACACGGCGUGGGGCCUGGCGCGCGCGGAGGGCGACGCGUCGCUGUGGGAGGGCGCCGAGCACACGCCUGAGACGCACUACCAGCUCAGCGGCAUCGUCGUGCACUCGGGGCAGGCGUCCGGCGGCCACUACUACUCGUAUGUCUUGCUCAGAGAUAAUGGCAGUGAAACGGGUCGCUGGGUGAAGUUGGACGACGGCGACGUGUCCGAGUGCGCCAUGCAUGACGAUGACGAGAUGAAGGCGCAGUGUUUCGGUGGAGAAUAUAUGGGCGAGGUAUUUGAUUCUACUAUAAAGAGAGUAUCCUAUAAACGUCAGAAGAGAUGGUGGAAUGCAUACAUGCUCUUCUACACGAGGAAAGACACGAUUGAAACAACUGGUCUUGAAAACUCCAUGCAAAAUAUGACCCUCAAAGAAAGUGCCAUACCGAAGCCUAUCUGGAAUUCUGUUCGUCGUAGCAACAUUGCAUUUUCCCAUAAUCAAGAUCAAUUUAGCCUUGAACAUUUUAAUUUUAUGAAAAAACUGUGUUGUAUGCGACUACAAGUACUACCUGGUUCGCAAAGUGCUGUAUGGGGUCCAGAACAUGAAGAAAUGUCAAUGUUAGCUGUGCAAUUAGCUUCCAAGUUCCUAUUUCAAGUUGGUUUUCACACAAAGAAAACGUUGCGUGGUCCACCUUCGGAUUGGCAUGAUAUUCUUUGCCAUCACUUAAGAUGUUCUCAAGCGGUUAGAGCUUGGUUUGCAACGGAUCUAUUUAAGCAUCCUCAUAGGUUAUGUGAUUACUUACUUUCCUGUCCGAUUGCCGAAGUAAGAGUGGUGUUUACAAAAAUUAUUGUAUUCUUAGCUCAUUUCUCGGUCCAGGAUCCACCAGUGAGCAGCGGGUACGGGUCGUGGUGCUCGCGCGAGGAGGCGACGUCGCUGUCGGACCAGCUGCUGUGCAGCGCGCGCGCACUGGCCGCGCCGCCGCACGCGCACCACUCCGAUCACCGCCAUCUGCCACUGCUCUUCAAUCUUUUCCACGCCUAUGCGAUGCUCGGCCUUGGGGAGCGACACCAACUAUUGCGGCUUAAGAUUUUGGACAUCGUGUUGACAGUCUGUGUAGAAGAUACGACAUCCUCGCUUGGAAAGUAUCCAUAUCCAGAGUCGGCUAAAAUACAUCAGGUUGUGUGCGCUCUAGUGCGGUGUUGCGAUGUGAGUGCGCGAUGCCAGUCAGCCAGUGCCAGCGAGGGAGCGCUGCCGCUGCCCAACCCCUACGCAGACCCGCAACCCGCGCACGCGCACUCGUCGCGCCCUGUGCUCUCUGCCACUGCCGCUGAUGUUCUCUACAACCGAACUGGGUCUUAUAUGAAGAAAUUGACCGAGGAGUGUUGUGGCUGUGAAGAAGGAAUCAGACUACUGCAGUUUUUGUGCUGGGAGCAUGCGGGCUGGUCUCGUAUGGCGCUGGCAGAAUUACUGUGGCAAAUGGCUUACGCAUUUUGUUAUGAAUUACGCCGGCACGCCGACGCGCUGACAGCAUUACUGCUCAUGGAAGAUAGUUGGCAGCAUCACCGGAUACAUAAUGCUAUCAAGGGUGUUUCGGAAGAGCGCCCAGGGCUCCUUGAGACGGCGCUGCGUGCACGUAGUCACUACCAAAAACGUGCAUAUGCAUGUGUGAAGCUAGUGGUGGGAGUCAUGUGCCGCACGCCGCUGGCCGUGCGCGCCGUGCACGCGCAGCCCGACGCGCGCCGGCGCUGGCGACAACUGCUCGCCUGGCUGCAAGACGAGCUCGACCGCAAGUAUGGACCGGGAGGAUACGGCUCGUACGGAACGUGGUCCCCACCUAGCAUAUCGAACGAAACCUCAAGUGGAUAUUUCCUGGAACGCAGCAAUUCAGCCAGGAAAACGCUUGAAAAGGCGUAUCAGCUAUGCCCCGAAGAAGAAGAGGAGGAAGAGGAAUCGCGAGAGGCAGGCUCAGGCUCGGGCUCCGGCGACGCGGGUGAAGACAGCGGCGACGACGACGCGGCCGACGACGACGAUCCCGCGCCGCGCCGCCUGCAGCUGGCGCCGCCCGCGCCCCCCGCGCCGCCCGCACCGCCCGCGCCGCCCGCCCCUCCGCAGGGACUCUGAGCGCCUCUAGUCCUCUAUGUCGUUAUCGCCCCACGUUUCGUACGAGACGCCGCCGCCUAGACGUAGUUUUGUUCUGUGAUGUUAACGAUACGUGUAUGCUCGCUUCCGACGACGCUCGGGAUGUGCGGCUCCGUCGAUGCGUUGCUUACUUUUUAAUUGUUUAUGUAACAUAAUGUUCCGCUUUAAAAGUACCAUAGUAUUUAUUAUUUUUCUUUUUAAGACUUAAGAUUCUUUACUUAUUCGAUAGGGGAAUUUAUUUUCUAUCGACGCAAAGCAUAUUUAAUAUUUUAUUCUUGUAAGGAAACAUUAUAAGGUUCGAUCGACUCCGUUCCUCAUGAUCGUUGACGAUCUAUCAAGCGUGGAUGAAAGUGAAAUUAAAAAUAAAAUCAUGUUCGAUUAUUAUAAUUCACUAAAACUUACCGAGAUAGGCUGAUUACAGACCACCCAUAGUUUGUUUUGUAAUAACGACAACUAUAUUAAAAACACUCGAAAAUAAAUUUCAAAAUUACGUAAAAUAAAUUAAAAACAAAAAAAAAACUGAGAAUAAAUAAUAGCCAAAUCCGUUUAUGACUGAUAUAAUUUUAUAAUAAGCAGUUAAUAUUUAAGAUUCGUAUAUUAAUCAUAUGCAUUAAGCAUCAACAGUGAGCGACUCAUAAUAAAUCACUUAUAAAUACUUUCAUACAUUUUACUUAAUAUUUGUAGCGGCAGUAAAUAUAGUACUUUUAGCAUGUUAAAGAAUGUGUGUAAAGUAGACGAUUGAAAUAAGUUAUUAUUUAUUAGUUUAAUAUUACGUAGAAAAUAUUCCAAAAUUUAAACAAUUUUUCACUAGAUUUUACUAAAAUAGCAAGUAAUUUAAAAUCAAUACAUCUAACUUUACUAUAACUAUAACAAGCAAAUUUUUAAAAAAAUAUAAAUUCAUAUGAGACAAAAAUAUCUUUAAUAUUUACUUUGAAAUUGUUUUCGAGUGUUUGUCACAAUCGAAACGAGACAUACAGUCCAUUUCCUACAUCACAAGUUGUAGUUCAUUCAUGAAUAUACAGAAGUUAUGUUGCUUUAUUGACUCUUUUAGUUGUUUAGUUAUAAUAAAAUUUAGCUUAAAAAUAUUAUUUUAUAUAUGUAAAGUUAACUUAUAUUAAAAAAAUUAAAUAUCUUGUUUAGUUACAUUUGAUUGACUGCACAUUUCUGUGGUUGAGGCCAAGUUUUGGCCUAAUGAGCACUAUGCGUUACAACGUUUUUAUAACUUUAUUGCUAGCUUUAUAAUAGUAACAAAGCGUGUAGAGAGUGUAGAUAUUAUAGAGGUAUUAAACACUAGUCUAACAGGAAAAUGUUGCCACGUCGAUGUUCUGCUUUGUAUUAUAUGUUAUUUAUUUUAAUAUUCCAUAAAAGGUUGUAUAUUUUUUCCUUUCAUUUAGAUACUAAUUCGUGGCGUCGCUCAGGCUAUCAGGGAGAUGUGUGAAUUUUGUGUGAUACACUCGUCAUAGUACACUAAUCGUUUUAUACCAGUAUUUAACUAACAAAGGCUAAUGCAGAUUUUAAUGACACAUAAGCAUUUUAAAACAUUUUGUACAAUAUAGAAGAGUAAGUUCGUUGGUAUUCAAUUUAAUCCUGAAUAGUUAAAGAAUGCAUUAUAUAGUUACACGUUUUAGAGUACCAAGUUUUUGCCGUAUUACUACCGAACUAACAGCACAUGUAGUGAACUUAUUUAUCGAACACAAAUAAUAUUGGUCAUAGUGACCUUGUGCCUUACUUUUAUUUUCGUUGCUCAAUUGGUUUACACCUGAUAGUCUGUACCGUCUAUUGUCAGAUCUAAAGAUUAUCAAUAAAAUUAAAUAAAUAUUGCUUUUCAUAAAAAAAUUAACAUUCUUAAAUCAUAUUAUCGCGUAACAAACUUAAGGCUUGCAUGAGUGUGAUCAUGUUUCCAAAUUAUGCAAAGCUUGGUGCAGUGACCGUUGAUUGUUGUUAACUUUAUUACCAAAGAUGGAUUUAUAGAAUAAGGGUAAUUGGCGACCCUUUUUCUUCAUAGCUUAAUAAUUGAAAUGUUUUGUAUCUUUUAUAAAAUGCAAAAGUUAAUGA